ACGUGGCUAAAACCCAUCACUUCCUUGAAAAUUUCCGGAGGGUGAGGAGGUUAACUGGUUAAGGGGUUUAUCGCUGACCGGCUAUUGCCCGGACACGGGCGCCGGGUUCCCGGCUGGUCCGGUUUUGUGGUCAAAAGUUUCAUUGAUGGGAUAUAAAAAGAGACGACGAAGGAAGGGGUUUAAGGCAGCAAGCCACUGUUGUUUCUCUUCUUUCUUUCUUUCAUGGUUUUUCCUCCCUUCUACCUGUGCGUGUUUUAUUGAGAGAGGUUUUUCUGUUACCCCUUUUUCUCCCUUUUCCCCUCUUGUUGUUUUUCUUCUUCUGGGAAAAAAUAAAAAUCAAAUGAGAAACGAAAAUGCAUAAUUCUGCGAGAGAUUGAUUUUAUGUGGUGGUGAUGGCGGAUUCGUUUUAUCACCUCUUGUUGCAAUUGAAUUGGAACUGAUAAUUUUCUUGCUUGAUCUCUUCUCCUUGGUCCGAUCUCCACCUCCGAUCCCGAUCUGGGCUCUCGCUGUACGUAUUGUUGGACGGAAUUCACCGGAGAUUGACGUUAAUCACGAGGUCAGUAGUGGUAAGUGUUGGAUCAGGUUAAUGUUGGUGGAAUUCCCUGCUCAACUUUCUUCUUUCCUUGCUUCUGUUCUGUGCUCCGAUUGUGGGUUUCAACUGUGUGCUUCGAUCUUGCCGUGAUACGAAAACAAAAAAUUGAGUACGGAAGUGAUUUUUUUUUUGUUCUGCUUUCCUGGCCUGAGAUCGGGAUCUGAUCAUGGAUGCGAGGCGGUUUGCAGGAAUUCUGGGUUUGGGAGGAAACUGCUGGUUUUUCGAAGAGGAUAUGGAGCUUCAGUGCUUUUUGUUAAAAAAAAAAAGUCAAUCAGCUUUUAUUGAAUUCCUGAGAUGGGAUGUUUUUUCUAAAAUUGAAAUUCUUCAUCUGGUGCUUCGUCUGUUGUUUUUUUGUUGACUGUGGGCAUUGAUGAAACGUUGGUAGACAGUUAUCUUGGAGCAAGAAUUCUUAUUCUGGAGGUGAAUUAUCGUUCAGUAAUUGCUUGCCUGACCCCAGUCUUGAUGGGUCUGUUGUAGAUUUGUGCCAAUCGAAAAUAAGAAUGGUCUGAUUGCACUAAUUGCUUUUGUUGCUGCUGUUCAUGUUGUCGUUAAGGUCAAGUUGGCGUCUUCUCUUUCUUCUUAUCAAAUUGGGGUUGAAUUUUCCAUGGUUGAUUCGGAUGUGCUUUGAUCGGGUGAUAAUUUGAUCGUGGUUCAGUGAUGGUGUUAUGGAUCUCUCGUUGAUCGGUUCAGACUGAUAUUGAGAUUGUUGUUUCAAAAAACUUUGAUUUGGGUUUCAUGUCGAUUAGCAGAUCAAUGCUUAAUGUUUUUGUUUGCAUAAAUUUCUAGAUUGAAUGUAUUCAAAAUUGAAGGCAAAACAGCUUGUUGACAUUCUCUUGUUUUGGAUUGAUGGCAGUGCCGUGGAUCCCAAUUGCAGCGAUCUUGUUUAAUAAGUGCCCAUCUGGUAUGUAUGUUUGAGAUAUGGUGUUGAAGAAGAGGCAAUCUCAUGGUUUUAACAGUCUCCACUUCCCUUCUGUUCCCAAGGCUCCCAGAUCUGCCAGAAGGGCUUUUCAUAAGAGAAUAGUUGAGGACAGCCAAAUCUGCGCAUUUGAGUUACUUGCUUCUCUAGCCGGAAAGCUAUUGCAGGAAAGUGAAAGCUCAUCUGCUUCUAGUAAUGCAUCUGAUGCAAAUGACCUGCCUGCAAUUAGUGACGGUGUUGUUAAAAGAGAGCGAGUUGAGACCAAACCUGUGAAAACAGAGUGCUUGGAUUUGGGAAGCUGCGAAGAGAGCAUUUUCCUCCCUGAUUACGAUUCACCUAGCAGUGACAGUAGGCAAAGUCUAAAGGAAAUUCCACCGCCAGCUGAGAGUGAUUCCAUUUUGGAGCGGUCUUCAACUGUCUCGAAUGCUGAUUCUUCAGAGAAAGGGAAUAGUGAUGUGAAGCCGAUCCAAUGUGAAAAGGUACCUGCUAAGGUGGAGGGAGUCUCUCCUGUUUCUGUAGAGACUUGUGAUGCAAAACCAGAAAGUGGGCUCGGAAGACAGCCGUUGGCUGAUGAGAUGGAGACUCGGGGGUUGAUCCUUGAUAAUGCCUGCAGUUCAAAGGAUCCCAUGAAGUCGAAUGCGAAGAGUCCUGCAUUGGUCAACUCAGCCAACACUGUCAAAGUGUUAUCCCACGGGAAUUCUCUUCCCAGUGCUUCUGAUUUGAAGCACGGGAAUGAUGCUAAAUUAGGCAUUAGAGAUGAUGAUGAAAACUUUUUUAGGUUUAAUAAACUAAGCAACAGAAGAAAGGCAUUUAAGCCUUCUUCUAGAAUUGGAGACAGAAGAAUAAGAAAGCUACUGUCAUCCAAAUACUGGAAAGCAGCUCCGAAGCUGAAAGACUAUGAGCUAACGAAACCUUAUUUGGGGAUGAAGCCUCUUCAUCACAAGAGGAAAUUGUCUUGCAAUCCAGACAAAACUCAGGGCGAUAUUCUUUACAAGAGGAGGAAAUUUUCUGACCGUAGCUUAGUUAUAGCGUCUGAUGGGGGUUUUAGCAGUGAAAGUGUUUGUAAUUCACCUGAAAAAGGCAUGUCUGGAGAAAAUGGUUCAGCAGUAUUAUGUAAUGGAGAAAAUGGUAUGUCAUCUCCGGUUAUUGGCCAUCAAGCCCAGCUCCGGUCGAAGGAUUCUCAUGUUAAACUGAGCAUCAAGUCCUUCAAAAUUCCAGAGCUUUUCAUUGACGUCCCAGAAAAUGCAACUGUUGGUUCUCUCAAGAGAACUGUCGUGGAAGCUGUGACUGCUCUACUUAGCGGUGGUUUACGUGUCGGGCUGGUUCUUCAUGGAAAGAAGGUCAGGGAUGAUAACAGAACCCUGUUGCAGACUGGCAUCACUUCUACUGAAAAUAUCGAGACUCUGGGUUUUACCUUGGAGCCUAAUUCAGUGCAAACACCUGCGCCCUUGUGCUGUGAAGAGCCUCCCGCUAUCUUACCAUGUGAGACAUCCCACCUUAUACCAAGGUCCCCAGAAACUCCAGUUGUAGAGUCAUUGAAGCUUAUUGACUCGCUCAACCUUGCUCCUUCUCCAACAACAAAUCAUGCUGACAAUAACAGUGAGACUAGUGAUCAGGAACCACUUUCCUCUAAUGCUGACUUAGUAGCUGACAACAAAUCACCAUCAGAUUCCAAAGCUCUGGUUGCAGUUGAACCAGCAAGUGCUGAGGCACUUGCUGUUGUUCCCCUCAACCAGAAAUCUAAGCGAUCUGAGAAUGUACAGCGUCGAACUAGGAGACCAUUCUCAGUCUCGGAAGUAGAGGCACUUGUCGAAGCCGUUGAAGAACUAGGCACUGGAAGGUGGCGGGAUGUUAAGUUAAGAUCUUUUGACAAUGCUGACCAUCGAACAUAUGUUGACCUAAAGGAUAAAUGGAAGACAUUGGUCCACACAGCCCAGAUUGCUCCGCAGCAAAGAAGGGGUGAGCCAGUUCCUCAGAACCUUCUCGACAGAGUACUGGCUGCACACGGCUACUGGUCGCAGCAUCAAGCCAAGCAACAUAACAAAAAUCAAGUUACCGCAACUGCAACUGCAACCUCGGAGGUGCUGCAGAUAACAGAUGGGCAGGCGGUGGAAACUUGAAGAUGGAGGACAUCUCACUUGGUGUACAAAAGGAAGGGAAUACUACUACUACUUGACAGGGAACAUGGGAAGGCACAGAACAGGGUGACAGACAAGAACAUCAACAAAAUUGUACAAAUUGCACAACAGAAAGAACAAUUGAUUUCUCAGAAUGUUUAUUUUGUAAUACACUCACACUUUGGUUUUACAACAAUUCAUUGCCGGUGUUUCCCCUCCCCUCAAAUGGAAACAGGGUGAGAAGGAAAGCUUCGGCCUUUUGUAAAUUGAUUCAGUUCCAGGGAAUAAAGCCCCUCUAGCGGGAGUGGCUCAACCUAACAGGAACAUUGUUUUCCCCCAUUCUUUGAUUGAAUUUGGUGUAAUAGAAUUGGCCGGAUAGAUUAUGUGUAGUUCAGGUUCAAAGGAACAUUUGAAAAUGUUCUCUUGAUUAUUGUUGUUACUUUUUUUUGGCUCCAUUGUUAGUUGUACCUCUCUCAAUCCAUGUCUCUUUUCGAUUCUAUGACAGACAUAAACUACUAGCUUUAUG